UGGGGGGUUGGAUGACAUUUACCUCGCUGUUCAUGAUGGAGAUAAUAAAUGUUUUGAUAAUGGUAUACUAAGAAGUAGAGAAUUCACUAAAACAUUAAAAGGAACAGGUCAACAUUUAAUAGUCGGCACGAAUAAUCCACCAAUUAAUCUUGAUAAUAUUCUUGCAAACCCAGAACGUUCAUACCAGCAUACAGUAGGGGGG